GAGGCACUUUAUUUCCUGGCGGUCUCUUGGCCGUAGGCAGCCUUGCAACCGAAAGUGCAGCGGCAAGCGUAAGCGCCAGCAGUAGACCUUCCUGGCCAUUUGGGCUCAAGCUUCAACGGCUGGACGCAGGUCUGGACGCAGGCGCGAGCCCCCCCCCCUGCCUCUGCAAGCCAGCCCCCCGCGCCGACACGAUGGGGUGCUGCAUGGCCUCCCGCCAGUCUUUCGACCUGACGCGUUACACAGACGCCGCGAACCUCUUCGACGCGCUCGCGUUCACCGUGGAGGGCCUUCACCUGGUGCGCUUGGUCCGCAUGUCGUGGCUGCCGCAGCAGCGCGGCACGGUCCUGAAGAGGCGUCAGGAGCUGCCAGAGGCGGCGUUCGUGUCCGCCGGCGAGCUGCGGGCAGUCUGGGACGCCAGCGAGCGAGGAGGAAAGGACAAGGUGGCGCCGAUCAUCACCAUCUCGUUCUGCUGGGACUCACGCGAGCAUCCCGACCCCAAUGGGGUGCAGCUGAGCUUGGUGAUAGACACCCUGUAGCAGGAGCGCCACAAGUACUCUAGAACCUGUGAUUCCUUUCGGGGGUUCAGCGAUAUGGGCGUCUUUUGGGACUGGCCCUCGCUGCUGCAGGGCGACCCCGACAAGGCCGAGGAGGGUAAGGCCGCCGCCCUGCGGCAAGGAAAAACCCAGAAGGACGCGCAGAAGGCCGCGGACGAGGCCGAGCGUUCCCCCACCGAGAAGGCCGCGUUGAAACAUGGGCUGCAGGAGACGAUGGACCUGUGGUACGCCCACCAGGCCACUACCGUUCUCCUGCUCACCCAGCACCCCCGCGAGCGAGGCAGCAAGCGCGAGUGUGGCUACGACCAGUCGGGCUGGACAACGUGCGAGCAUUGCUCCGCGGAGCAGAUCAAGCAGGUCUACCGUUAUGAGGCGGACUGGGACGCCGUUGCCGACCUUGGGGCAGGGGCGGGGGCGACGAAGGCCAGGAGGAGGUGGCCGGUGGGCCCGGACGAGUUCGACCGGCUCAUCGAGGACAGGUCCUUCACCAACGGCGCGGACCGGGAGGCGGUGAAGGCGCUCUUCCGCCGGAUUAGCCGCGCGCAGCUAGGCGGCGUGACGACGCUGGACUUCGACGGGAUGCCGCCCCCGACCCCCGAGCAGGCCGCGGGGCUCGCAGGCUGCCUGCGGCUGUGCGCCCGCCUGGAGAAGCUGGACCUGGACAACUGCGCCCUCGGCCCCCCGGGCGCGCCGGCCCUGGCGAAGGCGCUGCCCUUCAUGCGCGGCCUACAGAGGCUGUCCCUGGGCAGCAGCGGCAUCGGCGGCGACGGCGCGCAGGCCCUGGCGAAGGCGCUGCCCUCCAUGCGCGGCCUGCAGCUGCCGUCCCUGGCCAGCCACGGCAUCGGCGGCGACGGCGCGCAGGCGCUGAACUCCGCCUGGGGCGACGGGCACGGCCUGUUCCUCUGAGCCUCUGAGCCGGGGGCGAACCCCCCAGGGUGCGGGUGAGAAACGGGAGGGCGCGCGGGAAGGGGAGGACCCGAACGCGACAAGGAGGACCCAAACACGACCAGGAAGCACCCAAACACGACAAGA